UGUUUCAGCGCACACAAAAACAAACUGGGUCACAUGGACUUCUCACUGGUUUUACUGGUUUUACUGGUAUUAGGUAUCGUCUCCACAGCCCACGCAGCUCGUUAUGAAGGGACAAUGUUCUACGGCUGCUUCGAGUCAUGUGACUGCAAGGUUCAGUUGCACUGGGAUGGAGACCAGGUGAUGUACGCUGACUUCAAGAGUGGAGAAACAGUGUGGACGGCGCCGCUGCUGUCAGAGGUGGAAAACACAAUGUCAGCUGGAUUUUACAUACAGUCUCAAGUUAGCAAGGAGAGACUGUGUAAACACUAUCUCCCUAAAGCUACGCAGAUCGACAAGAAUCCCACUGAAGAAAAAGCCCCCAGAAUGCUCGUCUAUCCCAGCGAGGAGGCAGAGCUGGGGAAGGAGAUCACCCUCUACUGUUACAUCAGUCACUUCUACCCCCCACUAAUCAACGUCACAUGGACCAGGAAUGGUUUUAAGGUGACAGAAGGUGUGGCUCUCAGCAACCCCCAGCCUGAGACUGACGGGACCUUCAGCCAGCUGGCCAGCCUCUCUUUUCAUCCAAAGACAGACGACGUGCUGGGCUGCACCGUACAGCAUCAAGCCCUGAGCCACCCUGUCAACACAGCAUGGGGUGAGACAAAUAGUAGGGGUUACCUGGAAUAUAAUGUAGGUGGAGGGAUGAAUUACAAAGCUGUCUCUUCUCCUAAUAUGUCCUAUAUUUCUUUCAUUAACAAUCCCUUCAUCAGUAUGUCAGAGAGGACAUUCAGCACAGGCAUAAGCACAAGAAUCGGGUUGUUUUCGCAAUACAGCUGCCUAAAAUAUUACCCAACAUAGGAAAAUUAAAGUUACAUAAGAGAGUUAAAGGGGGAAAAAAAGCAUAGGAAUUAAAUAUUUAACCCACAUUUAUUGAUUUAUUUAUCGAUUACUUGCCUUUGCUGCUUAUUAUAUGCUUGUUUGCAUCAAAUACAUGAAAUAUUUUCCGCAAAACAGCAUAAAAGCACACAAUAUAUAAUAUAAUAUCUCAACAACUAUUGGUCUCUAUAUGGUCUGAUUUCUGAUUUGUUCUCCACCAGUGCUGCCUGUGAACCCGGAUGCUUCAGGAGCAGUGGCGUGUCUCUCUUUGGGAGUCAUCUGUCUGACUGGUGGAGUUAUCAUCUU